CCGGGUUCCUUCCGCCGGGCGCGAUGGAGCCGGGGCGCGGGGCGGCCACCUCGCUGCUGGUGCUGCUGUGCGCGGGCUGUGCGCUGCGCUCCGGGCGCGCCCAGUACGAACGCUACAGCUUCCGUAGCUUCCCCCGGGACGAGCUGAUGCCGCUCGAGUCGGCCUACCGGCACGCGCUGGACCAAUACAGCGGCGAGCACUGGGCAGAGAGCGUGGGCUACUUGGAGAUCAGCCUGCGGCUGCACCGCCUGCUGCGCGACAGCGAGGCCUUCUGCCACCGCAACUGCAGCACAGCGCCCCAGCCCGAUUCCCCCGCCGGCCUCGCCCGCUACCCUGAGCUGCGCCUCUUCGGAGGCCUGCUGCGCCGAGCGCACUGUCUCAAGCGCUGCAAGCAGGGCCUGCCAGCCUUCCGCCAGUCGCAGCCCAGCCGCGAAGUGCUGGCUGACUUCCAGCGCCGCGAGCCGUACAAGUUUCUGCAGUUCGCCUACUUCAAGGCAAAUAAUCUUCCGAAAGCCAUUGCAGCUGCUCACACCUUUCUACUGAAGCAUCCUGAUGAUGAAAUGAUGAAGAGAAACAUGGCUUAUUACAAGAGCUUGCCUGAUGCUGAGGAUUACAUUAAAGACCUGGAAACCAAGUCCUACGAGAGCCUGUUCAUUCGGGCCGUGCGGGCGUACAACGGCGAGAACUGGAGGACGUCCAUCACAGACAUGGAGCUGGCCCUUCCUGACUUCUUCAAGGCCUUUUAUGAGUGUCUCGCAGCCUGUGAGGGCUCCAGGGAGAUCAGGGACUUCAAGGACUUCUACCUUUCCGUAGCAGAUCAUUAUGUAGAAGUUCUGGAAUGCAAAAUACAGUGUGAAGAGAACCUCACCCCAGUUAUAGGAGGCUAUCCAGUGGAGAAAUUCGUGGCUACCAUGUAUCAUUAUUUGCAGUUUGCUUAUUAUAAGUUGAGUGACCUGAAGAAUGCGGCCCCCUGUGCGGUCAGCUACCUGCUCUUUGACCACAACGACAAGGUCAUGCAGCAGAACCUGGUGUACUACCAGUACCACAGGGACAAGUGGGGCCUGUCUGAUGAGCAUUUCCAGCCCAGACCAGGCGAGGUCCUGGAAUACGUGGAUGACCUCCUGGAGCUGGAGGAGACCGGCUAGUCCAUAGCUGCCCAAGAGACUUCCCCUCGAUGUUCAGGAAACACAGAUUGUCCUUUUCCCAGUGACCCAAGUGGUUGAUACCUCAAAGCCUUCUCUUUACUGUAUGAAGUGAAAGGGAAGCCCCUGUCUCUCACUAUGUAUAACAAGGGGUGAGCCUGCCUUCCCCGUGACCACACCUGCCCCCACUUCUUCACACCUGUCUUCCCACUUUCACACCUGUCUCCCCAUGUUCACACCUACCUCCCCAUGUUCACACCUGCCUUCUCCACAUUCAUACCUGCCUUUCUCACCAUUUUGGUUGGAAGGACUGUCUUCCAUGGGUCCCCCGGCACCCUGAAAAUCAGUAUUAUUUUUUAAAUAAGAAAACUACUCCUAAAAGAUAAUUGUGAAAAGCUACUUUGGCCUUUCUGCUCUUCCAGUUUUUAGUCUUUUUUUUUUUUAUCCCCAUGCCCUGAUCCAGGAAAGAUGGUGCAAGACAAAGGCUAAACUCCACACCCCAUGAUGCUCUACACGUGGUCUGACCUGCACUUUAGGCACCCACUGAAAAAGAAGUUGGG